CACGUGGAUGCCCCUGGGAGCCUCCAAUCAGACAAGCACCACCUCUCUCCUGAAUGACCCCAUGGCCGAGAGGAACAGCACCAACUCCACCAGGGCUCUGUGGCUGCUGGAGGGAACAAGGGCCACCGGGUACAUCCUCACCAUCAUCGGCAUCUUUGGGGUGAUUUUCCUCUUCCAGUUGGCCAGCAACAUCCUCAGGAAGAAUGAUAAGUCCUUGGAAGAUAUUUAUUACUCCAGUUUGACCCUUAAACUAAGAAAGAAAGGGCUCCAGAGCAAAGUGGCCAAAUGUUCCUCAGUGAUCAUUUGCAACCCAGCUGUCCUACAGCUACCCAGGCCUGCCUGGUGUCAAAGUGCAGAAACAGCAAGCCCCAGAUGAGAGUCCGGGAGAUCCCUUGAAAGUCAGUCUACAGAUCUCCAAGGGGAGGCUCCAACCUUUUUCAGGAGGAGUAUCUUUGGGUUUCCUGCAACUUGAAGAGAGGUCUUGAGCCUUUGAACAGAACUGAAAGAGCAUCACCAUGUUAUGGUGCAUCCGGAUGAUGAGUAUGCUCUGCCAGCAGCCCUUAUCGCUCUGAAGCUUUCUGAUGCUUUAGGCUGGAGGCAGCAGAAGUCAUACUUGCCCUCUAGUGAAGCCUUUGGGGGGAAAGGUGUAUGCAUCCAGAGUGCUCAGAGGAAUCCAGGACAUUCUGAGGAAAUGGGUGGUUUCUUGUCAUGGAAAGGCCAAUUUGGAGUUACAUGCUUUAGAUUAAAAAUUCACCUUCUAGAGAUAGGCCACAUAAAGUCUGAGGGGCUGGUGUUCACCUGGAACCUGUGAAAGUUAGGAUAGAUGUGACCAAAGGGUCACUUAUUUUUAAAGACUUUGACUCCAUUGAAUUCAUAACCACAGUUGUUUAUACCAGAAGUUAGGGAUUUUUCUUUUUAAUUGAAUGAGUGGAGUGCAUUGGAAAAUACACUUUCUUUGGACUCAGAAGCCCUGGACUCCACUCUGGGCUUGAUUAUCACUGCUUUCCUGUCUGUGUGCACACUAUGCCACCUCUCUGGAACUCCAUCUAUAGGUAAAGUGAGAGAACCAUGCCAGAUUAGCCAA